UAUUAUUUAGUAACGGGAAAUUAUCCAUAAACCGUGUGUUUCCUAAUCAAUAUGCGAUGCUAAAAUACAUCUGGGAUAUUACGACCUACCGCGUAGUUUUCAUUUUUAGGAAAUUAACUUAUCAAAUUUAGAAUUCUAUGAAUAUGUAUCCUUUUUUUGGUGAACAAUUCUUCAUUUUGACUUGUUACUAAUAGUUUGCUGUAACAUUUAUUUAUUUUUAAUUUAUUCUAAAAAUGAUUGGCCCGUGAUGAUGAAUAGCAUGCCGUAACAUAAUGUAAUUCAUCUCGAAGGGCAAAAUGAAUAUGAGCCUUGGUCGGCGUGGACAAGUUGUGGUAAGUCUGAAAUUUGCAGGAGAAGAAAUUGUUUGGGAAACUGUGUGAAUGCCAAGAUAUUUCAACGAAAAGGCUGCAGGAAAUCCAGUUGUGGUAAUUGAAAUUAAGACAACUUUGAAAAAGGAAGAAUAAUGAUCCGGAAAUAAACAUUUAUUUUAUAAUCUUUAUUAUAACCGCCUUUUAGAAAGCUGCGAGAUGAAAGUUUAAAAGUUUAUAACAGGGCAAAAUUGGUAAUGUUUCUUUAUUCUUAUGUGAUCGAUUUGUUAAUUUACAAUACAAUGAAAGUACAAUUUAAAACCAUUUCAUAGAUAAGGUAUCCAUAAAUACUUGCAAAACGUAUAAGAAAUGUGUAUUGUAUUAAAAUUUUAUGGCGUUUUGAUUAUAAAGUAAUGAAUAUGUCUUGAAUUGUGAAAAUAUCUAUUCUUGUGAUAUUUGCUAUUAGCGCUUCAUUGUAUUUGUUUUACUGGUUCUAUCAAAUAUUGAAUACUUUAAAAUAGAUGAUCUGAUAUCAUCAACAAAAGGGCAGACAGAACAUAUUUCCACAGCCACAUUUUUAGAUUUACAAGAAACAACUACAUCUGUGAAUAUGCCCAAUGGCACCGAGCCGCAUCAAAACGACGCCGGAGAAAUUACAUCAACCUCCACUGCUGGUAUCGGUCUUCUUGUGACCUUGGGUCUGACCCUGUUGGUGAUGGUUAACCUUGUCUUCACGCUCUAUUUCUACCGUGCUUGGAAGAAAAGACAAAACGUGCAUUCCAGACAAAGCAUGAUUGAAAUGUUACCUUAUGAUGGAUUAAGGAGCAUUCCCAGACCGCAGAGGGAAGAUGUAUACUCCAACAUCAGAGAGUCCCUCUUCAGUGGUGGCACUGAUAGGUACACAACCAUCAGAUCCAGAGAUGGGGACAUUAACGGGGAUAUUUCUGAUGGAUCCAGACUACUGCGAGUGGUGCCAUCGCAACAAGGAUGUAACCGGGACAAGGUGAAGACCCUGACGACGCUUUUUGAAAUGCAUUCUAAGGAUGUCAAACAAACAUUGUCAGAAAUGAAAUCCGUGAAUAACACAGGUGAAUGAUUAUGUGUCGUAUCCAUGUUACUUUAUGAUAUACUAUAUGUGCAGUCGGAGGUGAUACGCUUUUUAGUGUCAUCAUGAACAGACUCUACCAAGCUCUACUAUUGUUGAUCACAUUUUGGUGAAAAUCAUAAAUUAUUGCAUUUGCCUCAACACCACUGGCAAUGAAUGCCGCUAAUUUAGUCGUACAUAUAACAUGCUUAUAUAGGUGCCACUGAGAUGUAAUGGGCUGACCCCAAACGCCAUUAUCUAUAUCCAGACAUAAAAAUCGUUGCGUUUUAUGCUGGACUUUUAUUUUACUGAUGGUUGGGGGUAUUCUUUUCGAUGGAUGUUGGGAUCAUAUGCAAAUAUCAAAUGAGAGACACCAAGAAGAGAAAUAUACAAGCCACUGUACGUUAUAGUUGACUUGCCAGUGUGUCAGUAUAUAUAUCAAAAGUCGAUAUCUGAUUUAACUUGAGUGUUAAGCAAUUAAAGACAAAGUGUUUGGUUUACAAAUUACUAGUACGAAUGUUUAUAAUGGUAAAUAGUAACUGAAAACGUUCAUGUUCACACCUACAUGUGUGACAGCUUUUAUAGUCCUUCACAAUAUAAUUGUUAUUUGAAAUACGAUUAAAUUAUCAGGUUAUAAAG